CUCAAUGACGGCAACAAGAUCCCUCUUGUGGGCCUCGGCACUUGGCUCUCCCCACCCGGAGAGGUCAAGAAGGCGGUGGUGCAUGCGGUCAAGACUGGCUACCGCCACCUGGAUCUUGCCAAGAUCUACCAGAAUCAGCACGAAGUUGGAGAGGCGUUGAAAGAGCUGAUCCCAUCCGUCGUCAAGCGCGAGGAUCUCUUCAUCACUUCCAAGUUGUGGAACAAUGUUCACAAGCCUCACCUCAUCGAGGCGGGUCUGGACGACACGCUCAAAGAGUUGGGUACAGACUAUUUGGAUCUCUACCUCAUUCAUUGGCCCGUCCCUCUAGACUCUGGCGACGACGUGACCAACUUGGUUCCCAAGGGCGAGGAAAAGAACAGCAAGGGCGACGCAUUCGCCACGUUGGAUCUCAAGACGACGCUGGUAGACACUUGGAAAGGCUUGAUCGACUUGCAAAAGAAGGGCAAAGUCAAGUCGAUUGGAGUUUCCAACUUUAUCCCUUCUCACAUCGAAGGUAUCGUCAAAGCUACCGGUGUUGUGCCCGCAGCGAAUCAGAUCGAGCUGCAUCCCUUGCUGCCUCAAAAGGAUCUGGUAGAGUACUCCAAGAUCAAGGGCAUUCACGUCACUGCAUACUCGCCAUUCGGUAAUCCUGGUGGCUACGGCAAGAACGGAGUUGAUAUUUUGGGAUCGAAACAGGUGCAAAAGGUGGCCAAGGAACAUGGUGUGGAUGCUGGACAGGUGCUGCUCGCCUGGGGCAUUCAACGCGGCUACUCUGUCAUUCCCAAGAGCGUCAACCCGUCUCGUAUCGAAAACAACUUUAAGCAGAUUAAGCUCAGCCAAGAGCAGUUCGAGGAGGUUUCAAGCUUGAUUCAAGAGCACGGUCAUGCGCGAUUCAACAUUCCCAUCGACUAUCCUUGGAACAUCAACGUGUUUAACGAGGACAGCGAGUACAAGGCAAAGCACGAGGUCAACAUUGGCGCUUAGGGCUCGCUAUUUUCCAAAGCGAGCCUCUUUUUGCCCUUUUUUUUUGCUUUGCUCUGAUCUGCUGUCCAACGCACAUCUACUCUCCUUCUUCGCCUUUGCUGUUCUCGAAAACGCAGCGGCAGAAGCGAGCGAUGUGGAAGAUGAUGCUAGAUUGAAAAUUUCUUAGAUGCAAAAAGAAACGUCCAUCCGUCUGACGGAUGCGAGAAGGAGAUGCCAUUCGUGCAAGCUAGCCAGCCAGCCAUGAGCCUUUUUUUCUCUCCCCCAGGAAAAAAGAAGAAAUGUUGGAAAAUGACAAAAUUUUUUUGGGACGUGUGUGUG